GAGAGAGUUUCAUCUCAAGAUUCUCAUCUCAAACUGUAAAUUAAUUUGCUCACUGCUAGCAAAUUGUAUCUCAUCACACUUUUGUCAUGGCAAAAUAUCAUCUUACUUGGUGUUGACUCUAUCCUAGAUCCUAUCCUGCACACCAGCAUGACCCACCGUGGGAGAAUGAAUGUCCCCAUAGGCAGCUCUGAUGUUGACCGGAAAGAUCUGCCUGAAUUUGAACCUGUUGCAGAGGUUGUUCCUCGUGGACCACUGGAUCGCGAUAAAUUGGUAGUGCAGAGUGUGGAAUUGCACAAGGACCAGAACAAAGCAGCACAUCGGACCAACUCCUUUAAACAUGAUGGCCUCAUCAUACGGCGGGGUCAGGUGUUCACCCUGACUGUCACCUUCGACCGCGUGUACACUCCAAAAGAUACGGUCAUCUUGGAGUUUACAAUUGGUGAUAACUUCCUCUCUGACAAGGAGACUUACAUCACGCUGAAUCUAGGAGCCAGGACUGGGAAUAAGUGGGAAACCAGGAACACUGUGAACGGUAACACAGUAACUGUGGACAUAAAACCUUUAGCAGACUGCAUUGUGGGAAUGUAUUGCUUCAAUGUGAUCGUGGUGACGCCUUUGGGAAAAUUUCGGACUAAGAGAGACCCCAACACAGACUUUUACAUCCUGUUCAAUGCAUGGUGCCGAGAGGAUGCCGUCUUCUUAAAUAACGAGAGUCAGAGGACAGAGUACGUUCUCAAUGAACAGGGAGUAAUCUACAAUGGAGACACUGAAAAUGUGACCCAGAAGUCAUGGAACUAUGGACAGGUGAAAAACAGAGAACCAUGACACAAUGUUAUUAUCAUUUGUUUUGAUGUUCAGUAUCAGUAUUCAGUUCAGUACCACCUUUAAGGGUCAAUGGGGCUGAAUCAAAUUGAUUUUAAUUUACUGCGGAUGAUUGGAGCCUAACUGUAAUGGAAUUGGGUGAAGAAUUAAAAUGCAUUUCACCACAGU